UAUUUGACAGGCGGUGCUAUUUGACAGCAAUGGUUGAGAUUUGGUACUUGUAGCAAACAAAACAGGUGGUUAAUAGUAAAUGGGAGCUUUUGUGAUAUCAAACUAAAAGAAACUGAAUGUCAGCAUGCCAAGAUCAUUCCUGGUAAAGAAAUCCAAACUUAAAAUAGAAGAAGGAAAACAUCCAGGAACUUUCAAGAAUGGAUUCGAAGACGAAGGGUCACCAGUCAGAUCUCAUGCUACUCUGCCAGUUAGUGUCGUUUCUCCUGUUACUCCUGUUAGUGCCAAACCACUGUUUGUUAAACUCGAUAAUGGAUAUAUCCAUGAUAUUUCGGAUGGUUAUAUUAAGGAUGAGAGAGAUGAGGUAGUGCGUGAAGGUGUAUCUAUGACAAGUCCUGAACCAACAAAUACUGCUGAUGUAUCAUUAUACGAACCAGAUCCCCCAAUCGUACAUCAUACAGCAGAUCGCCGCCAGAGUUACGAUGCUUAUCUUAUUUUAGAUGGAAGAACUAAAAAUAAAUCUAACGCGGGUGUGAUGCGACCGCGAUUCCGAUGUGAUGAGUGUGGCAAGGAUUACGCCACAUCGUCAAAUCUAUCGCGCCACAAACAAACUCAUCGAAGCCUUGACAGUCAACUCGCCAAAAAGUGCCCACAUUGUGACAAAAUAUAUGUCAGUAUGCCUGCCUUAUCCAUGCAUAUAUUAACACACAGUCUUAAACAUACUUGUCAAAUUUGCGGAAAAUCAUUUUCCAGACCGUGGUUGUUACGAGGCCAUGUUCGAUCUCACAGUGGCCACAAACCCUUCGGUUGUUCCCAUUGCGGUAAAGCCUUUGCCGACCGAUCUAAUUUAAGAGCCCACAUGUAUACACACUCUGCCUUCAAACAGUUCAAGUGUCGUUACUGUAAAAAGACAUUUGCGCUCAAGUCGUAUUUGAACAAACAUUACGAAUCAACGUGUCUUAAAUAAUGGUCAUACCAUAACGAACUAUAUAGCUAUAUUAUACCAUAAUCCAAAUCUUCCAUACCUAAACCAAAGUAUAACACAGUAUUAUAUUAGUAUUACUUUUUAAUACAUAACGAAUAUAU